UUUGUCGCUUGAUUUCUAGUCUCCAUCCCACUCAUGUCUUAUUACUCCCUUACCUACGAUGACAUAGUCUCUACUGUGCCGCAUGUCCACGGAGAAUAUAAUCUACUGCUGAUCGCUUGAUCCUGAAAGUCCCACUACCAGACUCCCCAACUUUCUCACACCAUGGCUGCCACCGACACCUCAGCUUUCAAUCCUCGCACCCAACUUCUCCCCCAUAUCGUCGACCAUUAUGCGAAGGUCAAGCCUGAGGCUAUCUAUGCCGAAUAUCCGGUCUCUCUCAUGAGCUAUGAAGAUGGCUAUCGGCCAAUUACCUUCAAGGCAUUUGCCAAUGCGAUCAAUGGCAUUGCUUGGUGGCUGACAGAGAAACUGGGCCCCGGCAAUGGCGAGAUUCUGGCAUAUGUGGGACCCAACGAUCUUCGAUACCCGGCCUUGGUACUGGGCGCCGUUAAGGCGGGAUAUCGUAUGUUUCUCACAUCCCCGCGGAAUAGCGUGGCCGCUCAUGGUAGCCUUUUCAAACGGCUCGAGUGCACCAAGCUGGUCUCUCCUGUGCCUCAACCUCCCCCAGUCAAGGCUAUUCUGGAGGCGCAACCAACACUGGAUGUCCUUGAUGUCCCCAGUGUAGAGGAUUUGAUUAACAAGGACUAUCCGCAUUUUGAGCUCUCGAAGACCUACCUGGAAGCCGCCAGGGAGACUCUAGCUGUGAUCCAUACCUCCGGUUCCACGGGAAUCCCUAAGCCGAUCUUCUGGACCCAUGACACCGCCUGCAAGCACAUGCAAAUGACUGCCUUGGAUCCUCCGGAAGGUUUCGAGAGUCAAGACAGCUGGUUGUUUGGCAAGAGAAUAUUUCUUGUGCCGCCUCCCUUCCACGCUGCUGGGCUGGCUUAUUCGCUUUUCAUCAGUAUCCCCGUCAGCACGACCAUCAUCUUUCCUGCAUCCGGGGGUCUUCCUACUGCAACUGCAUUGGUAGAGGCGAGAAAGAAAACCCCGAUCGAUAUUCUCUUAGGUGUGCCAUCAAUUAUCCAAGAACUCUCGCAAAGCCCCGAGCUCUUGGACUACUGCAGCAUGCACAUGAGCCGCUUAAUAUAUUGUGGCGGGGAUCUACCCCAACCGAUUGGUGAUACCGUGGCCGCUAAAAUCAGACUUACCAAUCUGUAUGGAGCGUCGGAAGUGGGAAUGAUCAGCACUAUUCACUCCAAAACAGACCGGGACCCACUGAAGGAUUGGCGAUAUCUUCAUAUCAAUCCCCGGAUGGGUGCCGAGCUACGCCCAGUAACUGAUAAAGAGCAUGAGCUUGUCUUGGUCCGUAACCCGGAGUUUGAAGCACACCAGUUUUCUUUUACUAUUUUCCCAGAUCGACAGGAAUAUCAUACGAAUGACCUGUUUGUGCGGCAUCCCAACAAGCCAGAUCUCUGGCGCUGGAGCUCACGUGCAGACGAUGUGAUAGUCUUUCUUAAUGGUGAAAAGACUAAUCCAGUAUCAAUGGAACAGUAUAUUGCUGUAUCCAAUCCCGAAGUGUCUGCGGUCUUAGUCGCUGGUGCGCGCCGCUUCCAGGCAUCUCUCCUGGUUGAGCUGGAACCUGGAAAGCAAGACCUCAAUAUAACAGAACGCGCCGCUAUGAUCGAGAAACUCUGGCCCAGUAUUGAAGAAGCCAACGCUGUGUGUCCAGCACAUGCACGUAUAGCUAAAACCCAUAUUCUCUUUACCAAGGCUGGAAAGCGUAUGCUUCGUGCCGGAAAGGGAACUAUUCAGCGAGCUGGUACACUAGCUCUGUAUGCAGCCGAGUUAGAUGCCCUGUAUACUGACGCGGAUAGAUUGACGCAGGCUGACAAUGAACAACAAGCCAGUCUCGCUUGUGUGGAUAAUCCUCAGCUCCUUGCAGAUUAUAUUCGGCAAUCAAUGAUUGCUGUCACUAGGUGGAACCACCUUACAGACACUGAAAAUUUCUUCGACCAAGGACUGGACUCUCUGCAGGCUAUCACCGCGACUCGGGUAUUCAGGAGGGGCCUUAAUUUCCCGACAUUCAGUCCUAACCUGAUUUAUCUCCAUCCCUCCGUGGCGGAACUCACCCAGGCGGUUCUGCGCCUGCAGCAACAUCAGGAGGCUUCUGCAGAGGCCACAAAGGAAGCCCAGCUACAACAGCGGGAUCAGCUGCUGCAGGAGCUCAGUGGGCAAAUUACCCCCCCCGCGCCUAAGAGACACAUAGUCGUGCUUACUGGUUCCACCGGUAGCUUGGGCACGUAUCUUCUUGAUGCCCUCUUGAAAACCCCCUCUGUUGCUCAUGUACAUUGCCUGAACCGCAAGGCUGAUGCUGUGGAUAAACAGCGUCAAAAGAGCAAAGCGUACAGGUUGAACCUUGAUCUUGAUCCAUCUCGUGUUAGCUUCUGGCCAGCAGAUCUCUCAAAGGCAGGGUUAGGUCUAGAGCCUGGUGUUUUCGAGACCCUGCAACAAACUACUACACUGGUAAUUCAUAAUGCAUGGGCUGUCAACUUCAAUCUCUCGCUGGCAUCUUUCAGACCCAAUCUAGCCGGUGUGGUAAAUCUGAUCAACUUCUGUGUACAGUCGGGGCAAAUCCCACAUUUGUUCUUCAUCUCAUCCAUCAGCUCCACCAUGGGUCACCGCACUGAAAACGGAUUGACACCCGAGACAGUAAUCAAGACAAACACACCGGCGCCUAAUGGCUAUGCCGAUAGUAAGUAUCUCGCAGAGCAGUUGCUAGACCAGGCUGCCCGGCAGGAUCCUGUGCAUGUACAUGCCUCGUUUGCCCGCGUGGGUCAGGUUGCCGGUCCAGUGCGCUCGCCCGGCCUAUGGAACAAGGCGGAAUGGUUCCCGAGUCUCGCCUUGAGCUCCCUUCACUUGGGUGCUCUUCCCAACACGCUCGGGCCGGCCCUGGAUCGCGUCGACUGGAUGCCGAUCGACCUCCUAGCUGAAGUUCUGGUAGACCUGGCACUGCGUGACGAUGGAGCGGCAGUCGGUGAGUCUGUCAAGGUGUAUCACCCGGUGAACCCGCGCCCCCUGAACUGGGAGGCUAUUCGUUCAACUGUAGCAGAGGCCCUCUCGAAAGUCUCUGGGAAGACAGUGGAUACCAUCCCCUUCCAAGACUGGGUGCAGCGCGUCCGUCAGGAUAUUGAGAGUGGCUCCAAGCUGAACGACGGUGAGCUGCAGGCGCUCCUGGCCAGGAACCCCGCCGCCAAGCUACUCGAGUUCUUCGAAGGGAUAAUGUCUCAGACUGAGCGUGAGAAUGUUCUGGACACACGGCUCACGGUACAGCUGAGCGACAAGCUGCGAGCAGUGGAUGCGGUGACACCUGCAUGGAUCCAUAAGUGGGUUGCCGAGUGGCUUCAGUGAUUAUUUGACGUGAGCCGGAGUUGAUAGCGCAGUUUUAAUACAUGUUUGCCUUGGUUAUAGCAAUGAAUAGAAGUAUGUCGAUUCUUUGAAA